UCUGUGUAUAAACGGUUGCCUACGUACAGGCACACCCAAGCUACGUAAAGCCUAUCGCGGCGUACUGUCGCGGACUUUUCGAACGGACCUUAAGGCUACAGCUGCUACUUCGUCCAUCUGUAAAGGAACCUUGUGGUAACGUCAGAUUUCCUGACAAGUGAUUGUAACCAACGACCUUAACGAAUUCCAGAGGAAAGUAUCCAUCAUCAGAAGAACUCAUUCGGCCCGUGGGAAGGAGUCGCUACAUUUAUCCGAGGACAGGAUUGUAUAUUUUUUAGUGAAACAUCAAGUUUUUGACGCUUUUUGAAGAUGGUGCAGCAAUAUCAAUCGCCCGUUCGAGUCUACAAACAUCCCUUCGCUCUUGUUAUGCUGGCAUACGAGAAGCGAUUCCCCACCUGCCCACAAAUUCCAGUUUUUGUUGGCUGCGAAAUCACUCUGGAUGAGGAAAGUCAAGGGGGAGCAAUUAGAACUACUGAAAGGAGGUGUAAACUUAAUGUUGAGGCUCCAUACAUUUUAAAAAAGAUUAUUGGCGUAGAUUUUGUUUAUUUCAUCCAAAGGAAUGUUUUGGAUCGUAGAAGCAGUAUUUUAGAAAUUGAAGCAUUUAACGAAAGCUUCUCUUCCCGUGUGAGCGUGAUAGAAAAAUGUCGCUAUUUCGUUCAUCCUGAAAAUUCAGAAUGGACUUGCUUCGAACAAACAGCAAGUUUAGAUAUAAAGAAUUUCUUUGGAUUUGAGAACUCGAUGGAAAAACUCGCUAUGAAGCAAUACGCUCAAAAUAUUGCCAAAGGAAAAGAGAUAAUCGAAUAUUUUGUAAACCAAUUAAAAGAAGAAGGAAUUACCUACGUAGCACCCUGGGUAGAUCCACUUAAGCAAAUUGAUUUGAAGGAUGAGAAUUUAGAAAGUGUUCAAGAAGAGGACAAAGAGAAAAAAGAGCUGUGCGUUGCUGAAACAAAAUUACCAAGUACUCGAGAUAUGCAAUUAUCUUCAGAUUACAUAGAACGUUAUUUGGGAAAACUGGACAUGAUGCAAGAGAGUCGACUGGUUCAAUUGCGUCAUAGCAUAGAAGAACUUCGUGGCAGUUCAGUCCCACCUGAUGCAACGUUACUCCGUUUCUUACGCGCCAGAGAAUUCUCCGUGGAGAAGGCGAGGGAGAUGUUGACGCAGUCCUUGCACUGGAGAAAGAAGCAUCAGGUAGAUCGCCUGUUGGAAGAAUACGAGGCGCCACAAGUAGUCAAGGAUUACUUUCCAGGAGGCUGGCAUCAUUUUGACAAAGACGGUAGACCACUCUAUGUUCUACGACUUGGCCAAAUGGAUGUCAAGGGUCUCUUGAAGAGUAUCGGAGAGGACGAAUUGCUUCUAUUGGCUUUACACGUUUGCGAGGAAGGUCUCUCGUUAAUGGAUGAAGCCACGACGGUAUGGGGACACCCAGUUUCGCAAUGGUCGCUUCUUAUUGAUUUAGAGGGAUUAAAUAUGCGACACUUAUGGAGACCUGGCAUUAAGGCUCUACUUCGUAUCAUUGAAAUUGUCGAGGCAAAUUAUCCAGAAACGAUGGGCAGAGUCCUAAUUAUACGUGCACCACGUUGCUUCCCAAUACUCUGGACAUUGAUAAGCACCUUUAUCCAUGAGAAUACACGAAACAAGUUUGUAUUUUAUUGCGGCACCGAUUACCAGGAACAAGGCUCGGGUGGAUUACGAGAUUAUAUCAAUCCGGACUUCAUUCCUGACUUCUUGGGUGGACCGUCUGAGGAAGGAGUUUGUGAGAUCUACGGUAUGGUACCACAACGAUUUUACAUAUUCGACAUGACAGCAGCCACUACUUACAUCGUCGAGGGUGGCGUCGUUCCCAAGAAUUUGUACAGACUUGACCUGGAAACUACAUCCAGUGAGCACGAACAUAGUCUUUACCACUCUAUUAGCUUGAGCCGUGGUCAGUCACAUCAUGUUGUCAUCCACUGCGAUGACCCAGGUGCUGUUCUUACCUGGGACUUUGACGUUAUGAGACACAAUGUUCUCUUCUCUGUUUUACAUCAUACUAAGGAUAAUGAAAUUGAUAGAAACCCAGCCAACUCUGAGGUACCGAGUCCAUCAGAACUUGAACUAGCUAUGACCAAGGAAUGGAAAGAAGGCGUCGAUUGUGUUAAAGUUGAACCCAGUGUGAUUUGCCACGACGGAGAAAGCAUACAGGGUACUCAUAUAAUGCAAGAGGCAGGUCUUUACAUCCUGCAAUGGCAACAUCAAGAGGAACCUGGAGAAUUUUUACCAUCUAUAAGUUCUCAUAAGGCUCAGCUUAUGUAUUUCUACGAAACACUGCCAUCGGUUCACUACAAAGGAUCUAUGAUGAGCCUACAAUCAGCCGUAAGUGGCCGGUCUAUUGCCAGUUCAUCACUGUCCAGAUGAGAAGUCAAAAAGGCGAAUGGAGCAAUGACGGCUCAAUCAACUUCGCAAGAUAAUACAAAGCAGGACUAAAAAAAGAAAAUGUUAACUAUGGUUAUAUGUUAUUUGGGUGGUGAGACAACGUAGACCUGAUAAAAAAUUAUUUUCAUAAGCAAUCGUAACAGAACUAGCAAUAAUCUGUUGAAUCAUUCCGUCUGAGAAAGAGAGAGUGGAGAAUUUUAAUAGGCAAAAUGAUAUCCGAUUUUGUCAUCAGUUAUGCAGGAUACUUGUCUAGUAUUUUCAAGCAUUUAGUAUUCCUAAUGUAUGUCAAUACUUUCUGAGCAUCACAUUAAUUCCACGGGAACUCAGUAUUAGCAGUUAAUAAUAUAGAGAAGACUAGAAUCUAGCUCUCCUAUAUGCAAAUCGAUAUUCUUUGUUAGAUCUUUUAGCAUGUGCGUAGUUGUCAAUUGCAGAAUUGUAUUCCUGCUAUCGUACACUGCAUCUUUAUUUUUAAUACGAAUGCUAUUAAUGCUGUGCCGAAGUCUAUUUUCGUAAAAGCCUAUAUAAAUGAGACGAUAUAAAAAAAGAUGAAAUAGUAUGAAAAAAAAAAAACAUGAAUUUUAUGAUCUUGAGGACAAAUUGUAUAUAUACAGAUAUUAUAUAUGAAUAUUGUGAGAUAUAUUGGUGUAGAUACGUCGUAUGAAUAUCUUUAGAUAUUUUUGUGCUUGUUCGGUGUCAGGUACAUUGAUAGAAAUACCAAUGCGUGGUAAUUUAGAGAUUUAGGGAAUAAAAAAGUGAAAAUAUGAUUUAUGAACAAAACAAUUGUAGCGUCCAAUAUCUAUAACGACAGGUCUCGCUUACAGGGAUCUGAUAUAAGCAUAAUUUAUCUGUAAAUAAAAUGUAUCCGCCGUUGAUUAUUCAGUAGGAA